AUGAGGAGAAGUAUCAAAAGGAACAAGAGAAACAUUAGCGACUUGCCUGACGAUUUAUUGCUGAAAAUUUGGUCGUUGCUUCCGGCAAAAGAUGCUGUGGCAACGAGUGUCUUGUCUAAACGAUGGCACUUUCUUUGGAAACAGCAAGAUGUUGAUUACGUAGAGCUUUGUUUUGAAUGCUCUAUCCUCUGGGUAGAUUUAAUACUACACUAUUCCCCUACGCCUACUCGAGGAACACCGCCGGCCUUUCCCUGUACGCGAAUUAUCACCGACUUGGCUGAUCUCUACAGAGAUCCCCCACCUCCACCCCCGCGCCCACCCCCGCCCCCGAAAUUGCCUUUAGUUAGUUUGAUGUGUCGUCUCAAAGCUAAAGCGUGUAUCGAGUGUAGGAAAAGAACAAACGCAGAUAAAAGGUUUACGAUUUUCAUCUUUCACGGAGGGAGGGAAUUGCCGACAGACGUAUUUACAUGGACCAAAGAGAAACAUGAGAUGGAGAUUGCGUUCACUAUCUGUGGGAGGACUACAAUAAAGUAUUGUCUCUCACUCAAUGAUCGUUUUGUGAUUUAA